ACAUUGGCCUUGGGGGCGGGGCUUGGGCACAAGAUGGCCGCUGCGCGCCCAGAGGCCCAGAGUCCGAGCUCACCGACCCCGGAGUCGCGAUCCCAGGAGCCACUGGACCUGGUCCUGGUGCCUGAUGACUGCCGGCCUGGCACACCCCCGAGUGACCUCAUCGAGAUCCAGGUGGUGAAGGUGACGGACACCACGCUGGUCCCUGAGCCCCCGGAGCCAGGUUCUUUCCACUGUGCCUUGUGCCCUGCUGCCUUCCGGCUGGUUUCGGAGCUGCUGUUCCACGAACAUGGCCACUUGGCUGGGGCCGAGGGAGGCGGGCAGGGUGGGGACCCGAGCCGGUGCCACGUGUGCGGCCACAGCUGCCCGGGCCCCGCCAGCCUGCGCGCGCACUACAGCUUGCACACGGGGGAGCGGCCCUACCGCUGCGCGCUCUGCCCCCGCGCCUUCAAGGCCUUGGCGCCCCUGCUCCGGCACCAGCACCGGCACGGGGUGGAGCCGGGCACCUCUCAGAGGCCUCCGGACGCAGCGGCCGUUGCAGAACAGAGGCCCGGGGUGGCCCCGGAGAGGGCGGAGGUGGUGAUGGCGGCGGCGGCGGCGGGCGCAGCGGUGGGGAAGCCUUUUGCCUGCAGGUUCUGCGCCAAGCCCUUCCGCCGCUCCUCAGACAUGCGAGACCACGAGCGCGUGCACACUGGCGAGCGGCCAUACCAUUGCGGCAUCUGCGGCAAGGGCUUCACCCAGUCCUCGGUGCUUAGCGGCCACGCCCGCAUCCACACUGGCGAGCGCCCGUUCCGCUGCACGCUCUGCGACCGCACCUUCAACAACUCCUCCAACUUCCGCAAGCACCAGCGCACCCACUUCCACGGGCCGGGGCCGGGGCUAGGAGACUCUGGAGGCCAGCUGGGCUCGUCGGCGGCUGAGGGGUCGGGGAGCAGGCAGAAGACACUCACCAGGUUAUCUGUGAAGAGACUCUGGGAUCCCAUCACCUCAAAGCCAGAGGGUCCCCAAGUCACCGCUGAGAGCACUUGAGCCUCAAGGAUAUGGAGUUUUGCUCUUGUUGCCCAGGCUGGAGUCCAAUGGCACAAUCUCUGCUCACUGCAACCUCUGCCUCCUGGAUUCAAGCAAUUCUGCCUCAGCCUCCUGAGUAGCUGGGAUUACAGGUGGGCGCCAUCACGCUCAGUUCAUUUUUGUAUUUUUAGUAGAGAUGGGGUUUCAUCAUGUUGGCCUGGCUGGUCUCAAAUUUCUUACCUCAGGUGAUCUACUCGCCUCGGCCUCCCAAAGUGUUGGGAUUACAGGCGUGAGCCACUGCGCCCGGACACCUGCCCUCUUCAUUCUCCAUAUGGCAUCCACGCAGAUCCUUGUCACCAAGCCACAGCUCCUUGUGGCUUUGAGACGAUUUGGAAAUGUGAAUGCCUACAGGAGCUGGGUGAAAAUGUAAAUACACGAGCAAGACAGCCAGGUUCGAGGGGAAAAUAUCAGCAACAUGAAAUAAUGGCGAUUGCCACCAGGUCUCAGAAUUGGUAUUCAACAAAUUGGAGAGUGCCUCUUCAGAAGAGGGUAAUGGCUGCUCAGCUCCGGAACACAGAUUGGGUUGCCACAUCUUCCAGUUUCUUUCAGAAGUUCCAUUAGUUCACAUUAUGUAAAAUCUUUUGAUUUCCCAAUGUUGGCAGUCAAGUCAAACUUUUUUAAAAAUGCACAGACUAAACAAAAAUGUGUUGGUGGUCAUAUUCGGCCUUGCAGCUGCCAGUUUCCAGCCUCUAGCCUAUAAAAUCACCCAAGCCCCACAGUUUGGAAUUCAAGACCCUUCAGGGUUUAGCCCCCAAGAACCCAACCUCCAGCCAUACUAAUCUGUCUUAAAUGCUCCAGAAUAGCAGGGUUUAGUUCAACACACUAAACUCUCCGCCUGGAAAUCUUUGCCACUUCUUUUUUUUUUUUUUCAUAUUUAUUUAUUUUUUUGAGACAGAGCCUUGCUCUGUCGCCCAGGAUGGAGUGCAGCGGCAUGAUCUCGGCUCACUGCAAGCUCCGCCUUCUGGGUUCAUGCCAUUCUCCUGCCUCAGCCUCCCCUGUAGCUGGGACUACAGGCGCCCGCCACCUGCUCCCACCACCACACCCGGCUAAUUUUUUGUAUUUUUAGUAGAGACAGGGUUUCACCGUGUUAGCCAGGAUGGUCUGGAGCUCCUGACCUCGUGAUCCACCUGCCUAGGCCUCCCAAAGUGCUGGGAUUACAGGCAUGAGCCACCGUACCCGGCCUCUUUGCCACUUCUUUACCUGGAAAACUCCAGUUGGUUUAUGUCAUCGUUCAGGGAUCACCUUCUCCCCAAGAAGCUUUUCUAGCCCCCCUUCCACUCUGACAGGUGACUCCUCUGUGCUCCCUCAAGCCCUAGUGAUACUUCCAAGUCCCUUACACUGUGAGGCUCCAUUUCCAUGUUACUGCUGAACCCUGAACCCUGGGGGCACUGGCACAACGUCUGUCUCAUGCUGGGUCUUCAGCAUUAGAACAUGGAGCCACACAGGGUAGCUGCUCUCCCAUGGGUCACACAGGACUCACCCAAGCAGCGCUCUUACCUAGUUUCAUCUUCAAGUUUUUUUUCCUUUUUUUUUU